ACAAUAUCAUUAGACUGUAGGAGGGAUAAAUGAAAAGUUGUCGUCAUAAAGAUUAUCAAGAAAAUAACUAGCAUAUCAUGUUUUUAAAAUAAUUCUCCGUACCCUGUUAACAGAUUUUAUCGAUUUCAGUAUAUAAUUCUUGAAUAAUUUUAUUGAACAACAAAUUCAUUCUUAUGUGUCAAUAGAAAGAAAUUUCGAAUAAACCAACUUUUUCUCAAAUAAAUAGAUAAAACAUAAGAUGUAGAACAUAUGUUUGUGAUUUAUCAGUGAAUAACAAAGAAUUAAUUUUUGUGAGAUCAGGCUCAUAAGUAAGAUGAUACAAAAAAUACGAUUGAAAGUAUUCAUUUACACGUUACAGAUCAUUUAUGUGCUUGGUGAAAAUAACUUAAUCGACAUCGGACAAAAUAAAAUGGCAAAUGUUUCAAUGAAAAUUUUAUCGUUUAAUUGCAUUGAAUAUGCCGUAUCUUCAAAAAUAAACAAUUUAAAAUCAUCUGUGAAUAUGGAGGAAUUCCCAAAUGAAACGAUGAAAUUUGAUCAAAAUGAACUCCUGCAGAAUGAUUACCUGGAAGACAACAAUAUUGACGCAUCGAUUUUCGAUGUAACGAUUAAUGAUUUCGUUCAAAAAUUCGAACGUAUUUCGUCUAUUGAAUUGAAAAAUAAUGAAAUUUUAUCGAAAAAUAUAUCAAUAACAUGCAAUGAGGAAGACCGAAAGAAUGUACAAAAUCUAACAAUUAAUUUAAUCAGUACAGAAUGGAUAUUUCUUUCAUGGGAACCUCCUUGUAAUAAUACAACAAAUGAAACGUUACGAUAUACUAUCGAUAUAUGCUCAUUGUCAAAUCAACAAUGUUUUCCAAAUAAGAUUGUAGAAAAAGAUACACAAUAUAAUAUCACUAAUUUAGAGCCGUGUAGCAACUAUAAAUUUAUUGUGAAAAUCACAAAUUUGAACUCGACUGGAGUUACUGUAACAGGAACAACAAGUUAUAAUAUUACUAAAAUCGGAGAUAUUCGAGAAUUGGUUGCACAUACUACUACUAACAAAAUUAUGUUAAGUUGGAAACCACCAGAAAAUUUUUCAGCAUGUAUAAAUAAUUAUUUAGUUACACAAUGCCUUGAAGAUAUUUGUAAUAAUAUUUUAGUUGCACAUGAGAAUUAUACCUCACUAAAUUUGAAAUCAUGUGAGGAAUAUUUCUUUAUGAUUAGAGUUGUUUCAUAUUUUGUACAAUCUAGUGGUGUUGAUAUUACAUUAAAAACAAAUUCACCAAAAUCUAGUCAACCACAAAAUCCAACUGUGGAAGCCAAUGCAUUUUCUGUAUUUAUUCAUUGGCAAACACCAGAAAUUGGAGCUAAAUGUAUUAAGUAUUACCGUGUUACUAUUGAUCCACAAACAACAACGAAACAAGUAACUGGAACAAAUAUAACAAUAAGUGAUUUAUAUGCAUGUACUUCAUAUUCCAUUUACAUUAAUGCAGUAGAUGAAGAUAAUAACGAUGGGGAAAUGGCCAUUAUGCAAACAAAAACAGGAGCAGCAAUAUCAAAACCACCAAUAUUACAUAUGGAAGAAACAAUUGUUACAAAUAAUAAUAUAACAUUUUCAUGGAAAAUUGAAAAAGGCAACAAUAAUUGUACUUUAAAAUCUUUAAAAGCUAUGUGUAAUGCUACAAUGACAAAUGGACAUGGUUACAAAAUUAAGAAUGGAAAAACUGAAGUACUUAUAGAUUCUAAUUCUAAUAUUCAAGAUGAAUAUCUUGUAAAGUCAAUGAUAAACAAUAUCAGUCCAUUUACUACAUAUAUAUGUUGGGGAUAUGUUUUUAAUGAAGCAGGGAAUAGUGAAUUAAGUGAAUUAAUAAAUGUAACAACAUUAGAAGAUGUACCAUCUGCACCUUCGCUUAUUAUUACAAAUAUAACAUAUUCCCAGUUUAUAUUUGUUUGGAAACCACCAUCAUAUUUAGCAGGAAAUUUACUUGAAUUUGAACUUGUAUUUGAAGCAGAAAUAUGUUUCCCUAUUCCUGACUGGUGCAAACAAAUAGCCCUAAAAACCAUUAAACACUUUAAUGGAUCUACAUUUAUUUUUGAAUAUUUUAAUGCAACAGCAUUCACAAAUUAUAAAGCAAAAAUUAAAGCAAGAACCGCUGCAGGAUGGGGAAAUUAUAACAAUGAUUUAGUGUUGUUUAAAACACCAACUGGAGUUCCAGGAAUAAUAUCUAAUUUUUCAUAUUUAAUUGUAAACAAUAAAAAUAAUACAAACAUUUUGGACACUAUUUUGACAUGGGGUAUUCCAUGUUCUUUAAAUGGAAUAUUGGAAUAUUUUAAUGUAUCUGUACAUGGAAUUAGAACUAAUUAUACACCACAUUUUUUUACAUUUAAGAAAUACAUUUCAAAUAAUAUUUACAAAAAUGAUGCAAUCACAGUAAAUUUAAAAGAAUUGAAAGCAGAAUAUAAUUAUACAUUUAAAGUGGUAGCAAAAGUUCAGGGAAUCCAAGAUUUUGGAAUGCCAGCAUUUCAACAUAUAUUAUAUCCUGCUGAUAUUCCACUUCAACCUGAUGAAGAUUAUAUAAAAUCUAUAACUAUAGACCCAACUAAUGCACGUAGAUCUACGACAACAGUUACACUUUUACUGCCCUUAUUCCCUGAUACAAAUGGUGAUAUUGUUUAUUAUUCUAUUAUAGUAUCAAGAAUCAACUAUAACAUAGCAUCAAGUAUGAGAUUCAGCAUAACGGAUCACACAUGGCCAAACAUAUCUUCUUGGGAAGAAGCUAUGUUACAAGACUUUACAAUACCUUAUCAGGCUACUAAAUUAUGGUGGGAUCCUUAUCCCAAUUCUAUUACUAAUUAUGGAAAGGUAAAAGCAGUAAAAUAUACACUUGGUGAAGAUAUAAAUUGUAAAGAAAUUUCAUCUUGUGCCAAUAAAACAAUUUAUUGUAAUGGUCCUCUUAAAUCAAAUACUUGGUAUCAUGUUAGAAUGCGAGCAUUCUCUCGUGGUGGAUAUUCUGAUUCUACAACAUUCCUAAUAAAAACUAAUGCUGAAAUAAAUAUCGUACUUGUUAGUGGAGUUGUUUUUGGUAUUUUAUUCUUGGGAAUUUUAUUAACAAUGAUCUUAUUAUUUCGCAAAUGUUCGCUUCAUACAAUAUUACGACGAUUUCUAUAUUCUGAUAUGUCUGGAUCACCAAUUCCCACACCAUUCUCAAAAAAGAAAUUUAUAGUUCAUUGUCAACAACUUAUUGAUAACCCUGGAAAAUUAAGCAAUGAAUUUCAGUUACUUCAAACUCUUAGUGUUGAUUUACAAAUGCCAACUAAUACUGCUUCUUUACAAGCUAAUAAGAAAAAAAAUAGAUAUUCUGAUAUUUUACCAUAUGAUUUUUCAAGAGUUAAACUGAUUGUUAUUGAAAAUGAUCCCAAUACUGAUUAUAUCAAUGCAUCUUUUAUUAAAGGCUACAGUGGUGAAGAUGAAUACAUAGCUUGUCAAGGACCAAAAGAAGAAACUACAUUUGAUUUUUGGAGAAUGAUAGAACAAUAUAAUAUCAAUGUGAUAGUUAUGUUGACUGAGUUAGUUGAAAAAGGAAAGGAGAAAUGCUAUCAGUAUUUUCCAACAAUUAGAGAAACUUUUAAAUAUGAAAAUAUGACUAUAAAAUGUACAAGUGAAUUAGAUUAUAGAUCUUAUACACAAAGAACACUAGUAUUACAGAAGGAGAACAAAAAAAGAAAUAUAACACACUUGCAUUUCAAAGAAUGGCCAGAUCAUGAUGUUCCAGAGGAUUUUGAUCCAAUGAUUAAUUUUUGUCAGAUUGUACGUCGUAAUGCUAUUGCUAAUAAAGAAUACAUUGUGAUUCAUUGCAGUGCAGGAAUUGGUAGAACUGGUACUUUAAUAGCAAUAGAUAUAAUCUUACAACAUCUUCGAGAUAAUAGAAAGUUAGAUGUUUUUAGAACAGUAUACAGAUUACGACAUCAUAGAAUAAAUAUGGUACAAAAAGAAAGUCAGUAUGCUUGCAUAUAUAAUUGUAUAAAGCAAGUUUUAAAGAAUCCCUAUUGUUUAAAGAAUUAUAAACUAUCAUCUAUGGAUCCAGUUUAUAAAAAUAGUACCAAUGUUUAGAAAAUUCAAAAUCCAAGUUUAAAUACAACUCUAUACUAGUCACAAUUUUGAGAUAAAAUGUACGAUUUAAUAUAGAAGAUUGAUGCAAUAAAUAUAAGAUUUUAUGUGACAAUAUAUUUUUGAAAUAAAUAGGAAAUCUCAAAAUCUCAAAUAAAUUAGAAGCUAUCAUUAAAUUAUUAUUCUUUAGCAUGUGCCCUACGUGAGAAGUGCCAACUUGCUUUGA